AUGUUAACAUCAAAAUCUGUUUUCACGGGGAAUCCCGUACACCAUGGAACACGAUCCAUUUUUUGUGCGAUCAGGCUAACAAUGUCCUUUUCCUCAAAGCCUCAAGUUUCAGAAAAUCAGUCGUUCUUCACACCUUUACCUCCCAAGGAUUUAGCGCUGCAAUUUAAACAUCAAAUUGCUGGCAGGAAAUACCUGCCUGGAUCUGGUGGAAAGGGCCUCCCGAAAUUCCUUUCAUCCGCAAGAGAAGGAUUCCCAUUUGCUUUGCGCGCCGAAUCUAUUGAUCACCUGACCCCUGAUAAAUGGGGUCAGCUUUGCCGGGAACAGCUUGAUAAAGUUCUUCCAAAAUACAGUGCUGUCUUAUUUCGAAAUCUGCCCCUGUUUGAGGCGGGAGAUUUCGCCAAGUUUGCGGACAACCUCGGCUACAAACCAACGAAUUACGAAGGUGGCACCGGAAACAGAUACCUAGCAGAAGGUGAAACGGAAGUGUAUUUAUCCACCAGUGAUCCCCCAGAUUUUAACAUCGAGCUUCAUAAUGAGAUGGCUUGUUCACCAGUUCAUCCCAAGAAGGUGAUGUGUUUCCAUUCACUAUUAAACAUUUAGACCUUAGAAUUUUUAGAUGGGUGGUGGAUUGGAGGAAUCUAGUUGUGGCAUGUACCCCCUAUUAGCCUCUGCAAUAUUCUUAUGUUCCCCCUUCCCUUAUCGGCAGUAAAUUUGCAGUAAAUUUUCUAUCGUCCAUCCUUGAUACUCUGUUGGUAAUGACUAAUGCCCCAUCCGUUGCCCCUGAAAAUCAUGUGAGCCCCCCCCACACCCCCCCCCCCAUCCUCUGCCUCUGCCUCUGCCUCUGCCUCUCCCCUGGAAAAAAAAAAAAAAAAAAAAAACAGACUGUACCCUGAAAUAGAGACAAGUGGCCAAGUGAGUUAUUCACGGUUUCAAUAAAAUGAAUCAAUUAACCGUAAACUUGAGGUACGCUAAUCCUCUUGAACUGGAUAAUAGUAUAUCGCAUGUCACUUAACAGGAUUUGAUUAAGUCUCACUUAGAAGUCAAAAGUACUCAAUGAUACUUUUGAAUGGGAUAAAACGCAAUAACAAAACAGGAGAAUUUGGGCUCAGGUAUUGGACCCAAACGUUUCCAUGUGAUCUUAAGGUCACGGUGACUCCCAGAAAAAACACUCGGCAUAUUCAUUUCGCAUCAAUGUAAGUUUCUGAGCAACUGCGAACCUACCCAUCCCUCCCUUAAACCAACGACAGUCAACUGAUAACAAGUUAGAGUUAAUUUUGGGUUAGGGGAGGGGUAGGUGCGCAGUUGGUCAGAUACUAACAUUGAUCCGCCAACUCCUUAGUCCUUUAUGCUCCCCGGAUUAAGAAUUAUCAUUUCAUAACCCUCAGACGAAACAAAUUUUCGACACAUUUUGAGAGGUUGGCUUUCCCCUCAUAUGGUAAUUUCCUUAUAACAUAUUCUCUUUAUAACAGGUCAUUUUCUUUUGUCUCACUGAGCCCAACGAAGAAUGGGGAGGUGUAACUCCGCUGGUCAGAAAUAAUGAGGUCUACGAUCAGCUUGAUCCGGAAGUGAUAAAGAUACUGGAAGAAAGACAAAUACGCUACGCGCGAUACCUACCUGACGAGAAACAUCAUCCCUAUGCCUCUUGGCAACAGUCGUUUAUGACCAAAGACCCAAAGGUAUGUGUUAUGUUUCUCUUUCGGUAAAGAGUUAAGAGUGACUGCUAGCCUAGUGGCUCAUCUUAUCGGAUAUUAUCCCGGCCUCUGCAGUGUUAUACGACUAGAAGUAUUGCCUUUCCUACUCCCUGGGGUACUAGACAACUGCAAGCUACCCCCCUCCCUCCCUCCCACAACCUUUCACCGGGCCUCCCUGAAAGUUUGCCGGUAACCAUUCACUCUUCUGGAUGAAAAGAGGCUCCAAGGAAAUAAAAUGCACAUUUUUAUUUCUACGACGGAAUAUUGCUCAUUCAUUGUAACGUAAGACUUAUCAUUCAACUAAAAAAAAGUAAGCUUCUUAUAGUACCUCCCUUAUAUGACUGGUCCCUAAAUGAAUAUUGUGGUGAUAUCCUUCAAUUUAGACAUCUCGUUGUCUUCCUUUUGUGUUUUUGAUCCACUUCAUUUUUCUCACCUUUUCUAUGUUUUUGAAAAACAAAUACUGAAUGGUAUAUCAUGGACUGGUCCCUCCCAUUCAUCGGUAGUAUUAAACUGCAUCAAGAAUCAUUUCCAAUUGAAUGCUUUGCUUUUUUUUUUUUUUUGGAAUGGUAGAAAGUUGAAGAAUACUUGAAAAGAGAAAAGUUUAAUUAUGAGUGGGAGGAAGGCACCGGAAAUCUGUAUUACUGGUACGUACUUCCACCACUGGCGACUCAUCCAGUUACAGGCCGCAAAAUUUGGUUCACACAGCCAAACGUUCAUCACAACACGUACUACAAGGAGUCUCCCAUGUUUGAUGGCGUGUCUCUCCCCAACCACAUGUAUCCAACUCACACACUUUAUGGCGACGGAAGUGAGAUUGACCCGGAAGUGAUUGAGCAUGUCCGGGCGACAGGCUGGCGAAAUGCUGUGGGAUUUCCAUGGCGGAAGAGAGAUGUGCUGGUGCUGGACAAUCUUGCUGUUCAACAUGGCCGACUGAGCUUUAAAGGAGACAGGCUCCUUCUCGCCUACUUGACCAGUGAAUAA